AUGCUGAUAACCUCUUCUACCUUUUUUUUGCCUUCCCGUUCCCCUUCGCCUUCCCGUUCCCCUUCGCCUUCCCGUUCCCCUUCGCCUUCCCGUUCCCCUUCGCCUUCCCGUUCCCCUUCGCCUUCCCGUUCCCCUUCGCCUUCCCGUUCCCCUUCGCCUUCCCGUUCCCCUUUCGCCUUCCCGUUCCCCUUCGCCUUCCCGUUCCCCUUCGCCUUCCCGUUCCCCUUCGCCUUCCCGUUCCCCUUCGCCUUCCCGUUCCCCUUCGCCUUCCCGUUCCCCUUCGCCUUCCCGUUCCCCUUCGCCUUCCCGUUCCCCUUCGCCUUUCCCUUCCCCUUCGCCUUUCCCUUCCCCUUCGCCUUUCCCUUCCCCUGCGCCUUCCCGUUCCCCUUCGCCUUCCCAUUCCCCUUCGCCUUCCCAUUCCCCUUCACCUUCCCAUUCCCCUUCGCCUUACCAUUCCCCUUCGCCUUUCCAUUCCGGUUUACAGUCAGACUCGCAGCCAAGCUGCGGCCUACCAAGUGCAUCGGGAAAGUAGUCGGUGACAAAGGAGCUUCGGGGAAAUUUGUUCUCGCGGUAAAGAAGCUCUCUGCAUCCUCCUACACCGUGACCACUAAGUUCCUGAUCAGGAACCUCAAAGGAGGAGACAAACCCGUCUACGAUUUCGUACCUUUCUGCACAGAAACUCCCGCAUCAACGCUCGACUUUGUGAACGUCACGAGUGCCAAGGCUGGGCGGCGUGGGCGCUACAGCUGGAAAUACGAGGGUGUGCAGCGCGCGGACAGUGAGUCCGCGGCACGCGGGGCUGCGGUCAUGGUUGUGGCGGGUCCAUUUGCCAUCAUAGGUCGUGCAGGUAACAGUCACGCGCUUUAUGGCAAGGUUAAGGGAUUGAAGAAGGCCUCUAAGAAGUAG